CCCAGGAGUCCUGGCUCCCAGUCCCCCCUGCUCUAACCACUAGACCCCACUCCCCUCCCAGAGCCGGGAUAGAACCCAAGCGUCCUGGCCCUGGGCAUGUUUGCGGAGGGGCCUGGAGCUCACACCCGUGUCCCCCCAGGCCCCGGCAGCAGCGCGAUGAACAAGCUGCGGCAGAGCCUGCGGCGGAAGAAGCCAGCCUAUGUCCCCGAGGCCAGCCGGCCCCACCAGUGGCAGGCAGACGAGGAGGCCGUGCGCCGGGGCAAGUGCAGCUUCCCCGUGCGGUACCUGGGCCACGUGGAGGUGGAGGAGUCGCGGGGGAUGCACGUGUGCGAAGAGGCCGUGAAGAAGCUGAAAACAAGCGGGCGCAAAUUGGUGAAGUCGGUUCUGUGGGUGUCGGCUGACGGGCUGCGGGUCGUCGACGAGAAAACAAAGGAUCUCAUCGUGGACCAGACCAUUGAGAAGGUUUCGUUCUGCGCCCCCGACCGCAACUUCGACAAGGCCUUUUCCUACAUCUGCCGCGACGGCACCACCCGGCGCUGGAUCUGCCACUGCUUCCUGGCCCUCAAGGACUCGGGGGAGCGUCUGAGCCACGCUGUGGGCUGCGCCUUCGCGGCCUGCCUGGAGCGCAAGCAGAAGCGGGAGAAGGAGUGUGGGGUGACGGCCUCCUUUGACGCCAACCGCACCAGCUUCGCCCGCGAGGGCUCCUUCCGCGCCCCGGCCGCCAGCCAGCCCGCCCAGCGCCAGCUCGUGCUGCGCCAGAUCCAGGACAGGAAAAAAGUGCCAGAGCUGGAGUCGACCCCGACCGGUGACAGCGACGGGAUCAGCGCCCUCUGCAACCAGAUCGACGCCUCCUUUGCCAGCCCGCCCGCCGACCCCUUCAGCCCCACGGCCGCCAACGGCACCGCCUCCCCCCCCGCGGGGCUCCCCCAAGGGCCGGCGGCCUGGGGUGAGCCCGGGGCGGGGGCCCCUUCGCAGGCCCCCCCAUUCCAGCCUGGACACAAGCGGACGCCGUCAGAGGCCGAGCGCUGGCUGGAGGAGGUGGCCCAGACGGCCAAGGCGCAGCAGGUGGCCCCGCCCGCAGCAGCUGUGCCCGCGGCCCUGCCCACCACGCUGCCCCCCUACCCCGUGAGCUACGACGCCGCGCCCGCCCCCAUGGGCAUGUUCCUGCCACCCCACAUGCAGCCGGCGUAUGUGCCCGUGGGGGCCUACCCACCGGCCGGGCCCUUCGCGGCACCCAGCGUCCCCGUGGUGGGCAUCACCCCCUCCCAGAUGGUGGCCAACGUCUUCUGCUCCGCCGCCCAGCUGCCGCCCUCGAACUUGGGGGGCAAGGCCAGCCCCUUCCCCCCUGCUCUGCUGGGCCCCACGCUGCCCCCUCCUCCCCAGGCCCGACCCAAGUCCGGCAGCGCUACGCCCUGGCCUCCGGGGUCCGGCCAGCCGGGGGCCAUGGCCCCUCCACCCCCCACCGCCUGCCCCGGGCCCAAGCCGGACCCAUUUGAGGCUCAGUGGGCGGCGCUGGGGGCCAAGCCCCCUGCGGGGGCCUACCCAGUCAACCCCUUCGCCGGAGACCUGCAGAAAACAUUUGAGAUCGAGCUGUGAGCUGUGGGGGGAGCGACCGGGAGUCCUUGAGCUCCCCACUAUGGAACUGACUGUGGCGCCAGGUAGAGGUGGGGGAUAUACAGAGACCCCUCAACCCCAGUGGGACGUAGGUCACCUCCUUGCCAGACAGGGGGGCAGGCUGGGGAGGGGCCCCCAGGGCUGCUGCCCACCCCCCAGCAUCAGCUUUGGGGGCUUUGCCUGGGGGCCGAUGGGAGGCUGAGCGAGUGUCCCGAUCACUGGAGGUGGGGCCGGGUCUGCUGAACUGCAGGGGAAUGUGGGGGUGAGAAACCUCCCUCCCCCCCCGGUGAUGAAAUGGUUAAUGGGUCGCUGGCUGGCUGCAACGGGGGGGCCCUGGGCUGGAUGUCUGGGGGGCCUGGAUGGGGGCACCCUCCCAGAUCCAGGGGGGAUCAGGGCUAAUCCCCCUGCCCAGUCUAAUGGUCAGGCCUGUGGGGAUGAGGCCCAGCAGCCCCGUGCCUGGGGGGGUUGGGGGCAGGUUAUGGGGGUCUGAGCAGAGGGAAAGGUGGGGGGCUGGGGCUGGGAUUGCUCCCCUGCAGGGAGCUGCUGGGGGGGUGGGGGGGACUGGUUCUGGGCUUUUCACCCUGUAGUGGGGGGGUGUCACGGUGCACCAGCGCCACCUGCUGGGGGUGCUGUGACCCCCCCCCCAAGUCCCUCAGCAUGGCCCAGAUGGGGAGUCUGGGGGGAGGGGCGAUGCUAACCCUAAAUCUUCCGGGGGGAGCUUCCCCCCCCAUGGGAAAAAAACACCCAGAGCUGGAGCUUUUCCUGCUCAGACCCCUGGCUUGGCCUGGCUGCGGGGGGGGGGUUAGUGGCCCUUGGAAAAGGGUGGGGGGGUUGUCCCUGGCUCUAAUUUAUUAUCUUUGAUUUUUAGUUUGGGGAGGGGGGUGGCUGGGGGGCUGGAUCCUGGUGAAGAUGGGAGAGGGGCUCAGGCCCGGGUGGGGUGGAUGGAUGGACAGACAGACUCGACAUGCCUCAGUUUCCCCCCCACCUGCCCUCAUCCUGGCUCAAAUCAAAGCCCGUUUUCGGGGGGUGAUUUAUGUAGCAGCUUGUCCCCCCCUGCUGGGCUGAUGUAGGGGGGAUGCUGUGGGAACUGUGUGGGGGUUGGAGUGCGGCGACCAGACACCCCUCCCCCAGGCUGUGUGGGGCUGGGGGCAGGGCUGGACCUCUGCGGGGGGGGCACCUGAGACCUCUGAUCUGCCCCACUGGGCCUGAGCAGCGCAGCCCGGAUUCACCCCCCACGUGGGCACUGCCUGGAGGUGCUUCAUGGGCCCUAGGGGCGGGCUGUGGGGGGGCAUGUGGGGGCAAUGCCACAAGGCCUGGCUCAGUGGAUGUCACCCGGUGGGUGCAGGACAGGAGGGUGAUGCCCUGGGGCUGGGGGGCCGUGCCACGUUGUAGGUGCACAGAGCCCUGGGGCAGGUGCCAGGGGGUGGGG